AGAGAGAAAGAUCAUAAUAUAUGGUUUUAUUGACUUGAGUCACAGUUAGUCAAACGUCUAAGAGCAGGUGAGAACAGUUAUGUUUUACUGGAACACUGAGAGAGGUUUGGAAAGUGACUGAAGAAGUGCUUGUUUGGAAAAAUUUGGGGAGUCUGUCAUUGAACAAUCUAAGAAGAUCUGAAGAAGAAAGUUUACUUCCUCUUUAAGUUGUGCUGACCACUCGCCAUAGGAUGCAGGAGCCACCACAGGUGUCAACAGUUACACCAUCCAGAACAAUACGUCACAAACAAAACACAGCGCCCUCCGAAGACGUCACAACCCAUGAAUGGAACGAUGGACCAGAAUGUUCAAUCUGCUUUUGUGCAUACGACAACACCUUCAAGACUCCAAAGCUUCUCGAUUGUACCCACACAUUUUGCCUUGAAUGCUUGGCACGUUUUGUGGCUAUUUCACUAGAGCAGAAGGACUCCCAGAUCACCUGCCCGCUGUGUCGGCACCCAACGUCUGUCCCUGAACACGGCCCACCAGAUCUGCUCACCAGUCAGGAAGUUUUGGAUCAACUUCCAAUGGACCAGCAACAAGUGGAGAAUGUUUUCAUGGAUGGAAAAAAACUGUGCUACUCGAACCCAACCGAACCCAAAUGUAUCUGUAUUAACAUUGGGGGGAACAAACAAGAAGAGAACGAGGGUAGUGAAGAGACAAGAGAGGGCCUUGGAAGCAGGCUGCUGCGAUUUGGGGUUUGUUGUGGUAACUGGAAGAGACUCAUACUGUUUUUAAUGGUAGUUCUUGUACUCCUCUUUGUCACGCUUUGGCCUCUUAAGUGUUUGUCCAGCAAGGGUUCUCGGACAGCAUGUCUCAGUGAAGCACCAGUGACUUUGGCACCUCUGACCGUCACUAGGUCUGCAGAGAAUUCCUAAGGCACAAGAACUUGUGAAACAGAGCAAACCCGGAUGUCGUUGUCACGAUUUAAGCAAAACACUUUGUUGAUAAGUCUGAUAGAACGCUGAUAGCAAAAACACACCCACUUUAUUUACACACUCAAAAGUUGAUACGUCUAUAAACACCACACAUGUUUA